GGUGCCGCCCGCUCCGCCCCGCGCCGCCAUUGGGCGAGCGGGCCGGAAGCGGAAGCGGCGGCGGGAUGCUGGCGGUGGCGCCGCUGCUGCUGCCGCUGCUGCUGCUGGCGGCGGGCGCGGGGCGGGCGGCGGCGGGCGACGCGCUGCGGGAGGAGCUGCUGCUGAGCCCGCUGCCCGCCGGCGGCCUCGCCGCCACCUUCCAGUUCCGCACGCGCUGGGACUCGGCGCCGCAGCGGGGCGCAGUCUCUCACUACAGGCUCUUCCCCAAGGCGCUGGGGCAGCUGGUGUCGGCACAGGGCGUGCGGGAGCUGCACCUCGCCCUCACCCAGGGCUUCUGGCGGACACGGGCCUGGGGGCAGCCGCCGCUGCAGGCGCCCGCCGGCGCCGAGCUCUGGGUCUGGUUCCAGGACACCGUCGCCGAUGUUGACAAAGCCUGGGAAGAACUGAGUAACAUCCUCUCAGGGAUAUUCUGUGCUUCUCUGAACUUCAUUGACUCCACCAACACCGUCACUCCAACAGCGUCUUUCAAACCCCUGGGCUUGGCCAACGGGACUGAUCACCACCUCCUGCGAUAUGCCGUCCUGCCGCGGGAGAUCGUCUGUACAGAAAACCUUACACCUUGGAAGAAGCUGCUACCAUGUGGCUCAAAGGCUGGUCUUGCUGUGCUGCUCAAGGCUGAGCGUUUGUUCCACAGCAGCUACCACUCGCAGGCAGUGCAUAUCCGCCCCAUCUGCAGGGAUGCUUCCUGUCUGGCCGUCUCCUGGGAGCUCAGGCAGACUCUCACUGUGGUCUUUGAGACCUUUCCCAGUGGCCAAGGAAAGAAAGACUGGUCCCUUUUUAAGAUGUUCUCUCGCACACUCACUGAGGCAUGUCCUCUGGCAUCGCAGAGCAAGAUCUACGUUGACAUCUCUGCUAAGGACAAGGAAAAGGAGUUGCUGGAAGUGACCCCUUCUCCAACAUCUGUACAUGAAGCGAUUGUCCAGGGAGAAAAGAGAACCUAUGCAGUCUAUGACCUGCUGAGUCCCUCACUCUUCAAUACAUCUCGCAGCCUCAAUGUGCAGCUGAAGUGGAAACGGCCCCAAGACAGCUUGGAACUGUCAACACCCGUACUCCAUGCUCAGCGCUAUGUGAGUGGAUACGGGCUGCAGACCGGCAAGAUCAGCACUCUCAUCUACAACACUCACCCGUACCGGGCUUUCCCCGUGAUCCUGCUGGAAACCGUGCCGUGGUAUCUGCGGCUCUACGUGCACACUCUGACCAUCAUCACUAAGGGGAAGGAGAACAAGCCAAGUUAUAUCCACUACCAGCCAGCUCAGGACCGGAGACGGCCUCACCUACUGGAAAUGCUGAUCCAGCUUCCGGCCAACUCUGUCACCAAGAUCACGAUCCAGUUUGAGCGGGCCUUACUGAAGUGGACAGAGUACACGCCUGACCCUAAUCACGGCUUUUACGUGAGCCCAUCUGUACUGAGUGCCCUGGUGCCCAGUGUCAUUGCAAUGAAGGAGGUGGAUAUGGAGCAGAGUCCUCUCUUCACCUCGCUGUUUCCUUCCUCCGAUGGCUCCAGCUAUUUUGUGCGCCUCUACACGGAGCCGCUGCUGGUGAACUUGCCAACGCCAGACUUCAGCAUGCCCUAUAACGUCAUCUGCCUGACCUGCACCGUGGUGGCAGUGUGCUAUGGCUCCUUCUACAACCUGCUGACCAGGACAUUCCACGUGGAAGAACCGACCAGGGGAGGGCUGGCCAAGCGGCUGGCCAACAUCAUCCGCAAGUUCAGGGGUGUGCCGCCCCUCUGAGAGAAACCAGGGUGGCCAACACAGGUGCGGGGCUCAGCAAGAGCCUGGGGGCUUGGAGGGGAGGCCAAGGGAGCAGAGCGCUGCUACCUCUCACCUUUGCUGGAAGCAGGCUGCUCCAUUUUGCUGCCUGAAUCUCUUUUUUUGGGUCUCUGCAAGCUGAGAGAUCACUUCCAGUUAAGAGGCUGCUGGGGAAAUUGCUCCAAGCCCAUUGAUUACUGAAUUGCACGUCUACAGGAUUAGGAAAGGUGCAAGUCUUCUGUUCUGGAGAGGGGUAACUUAUGUGAUGGAAAUAACAUUAAAAAUAAACUUGUGCUGUUUUGUA